GGAUUUUUGGAUCGUCACUCAGGGCAAAGCUAGGAACUUCGCAUCAGCUCUCAACAAGCUGCGCAGGCUCAUCAUGGCUUCCAUAUUUCAUAUACAGAAUCCAUACCUGCUGGCGACCCUCCCAAAUCCGUCCAGUCGCCCAGGCACGCUUGGAAAAUGCACUGUUGGCGAGGUAUUUGGCCAACGGCCAGACUCCAAGAAACGGAAGCGGUCAGAACUUUCGGUGGGAAUUGAUGGUGAUGCUGUCAAUCUUUAUGAUGUGCCAUCAUCCCGUCUCAUCACUUCGUAUCCUAUCCCACCCCAGUACUUCUUCACGUGCCCUCCAUGUUCUGUCCGAUGGAAGCCCUCUGCGAGCAAACAAGUCAUUCGAUCGACCUACAUUUGCACAGAAGAAGGUCUGACGGCAAAGAGGCGGGUCACCCUGUUCAAGGAUGUGGUUGGAGGCUCAGGCGACACAGCGCCCGUGUCGUCCUUCUCUAUCCUGCGACAGAAGGAACCCAUCAUCCACUUGACUACGACGCCAUCCGCCAAUUCUGCCAUUGUCCCCGACGAAGACAAAACUGGCCUGGAUCUUCUUGCUAUUACAAGAGAUGGGAAUAUUUUAUGCCUUGACGGGGAAACACUGGCUGAGAAAUGGCUGGCGCCUGCGUCCACAUAUCUUCAGGGCCUCUGCCACACAGCAAGCAGAGAUUUCCAGGUAGAUCUUGCUCAGACCUCGCCGGCAACCGACACUGUGGCAGGUCUGUUCAAUGGGAAACAUGACUUGUUUGGCCUCUUCCCGCAAAAGAUUGAGCCUAGUGGCUUCAAUCCUGACGUGCUCUUCAUCAUUACCUCGUCAAAACCCAGCUCUACCAACCCCGGAGAACGGCAUAUGCAUAUUCUUGCGAUCAUACCUGAGGACCAGAGUCAGCAGCGAAGCAGGCAGAAGGUCAUACCCGUCACAACGUUCUCCAUUCCGAAGCCCUCGACAACUCACCAUGAUCCUUCAACAUUCCGCCUCGAUGUUGAAUCCGGCUCUCUCGAGGAGCUGCGUGGGGGUACCCUUUGGACCUACAAGAUCCAUGAAGACAUGCCGAAACUUGCUCACACGCUCACGCUUCCCGAAAUAUCCUCAUUCGUCCGACUUUCAGAGUCAUCGGUACUUGCAGCAACGUCGUCAUCUCUCGAAGUUUACAACCCAGCCUACCGGUCUCUACAGGCAUCCGCGGCCAUUGAUCUGAGUGGAGACUCUCGCAAUAUGUCCGCAGCCAAGGGUGACCUGGGUCGGUGGGAUCUCGUCACCUACUUCAAAAAGCUGGAGACAGCUGUGGCAAUCUCUGGACGGUCUCUGAUUGCAGUUCAAUUGGAGGCUCCAAGGAGUCGCAAACGCAAGAGGCGCGCCCAAGGGCUACUCAUUUCCUCGAUUGGCCGCGGGUUGCCUCAAGGCAUAGAGCCACACAAGUGGUCAAAGGCACAGCACACAUCCUCGGCGCUCACACGUUACCUUGAAGGAUCGUUGACAAACACCUACUGGAAGGAAUGGGAGAGCGACGUUGCCAAGGCCGAUGAGUUGCUUCGUGCCGAGGAUAUGGCUGGGUUCGAGAGGUUGCUGGCUGGGAAGUUCAAGAUCGAGCUCGUCCAAAAUGAGAGUCAGCCCAACGGUGUCCAUCCCGACAGUGCCGAUGUCCCCAUGGCCGGCUGGUCGGUCUCGGAUUUGCCUGGCUGGCAGUGGCCGUCACGACCCAAGUUCCCACGGGUCGACCGGCGCUGGGUCAUCUAUGCUAUUUCCAGGGUUUUCUCCUUGCAGCGCGGCUCCAAAGCUGGCUCUGGGGAGAUGUGGAUGUCCCUUCAACUACCACAGACGAAUGUGUUGACCUACCUGGCCGUAGGUGGCCACUUGUCAACCCCGAACCUUAAAUCCGCAUUCAGUGAGGAACGCGAAACCGAAGACAUCGAUGCGGUUUUCGGGGAGCAGCUACCUGAACUGCUUGCAGACAUCGACCCAACCUUUGAUCUAUUGUUCGACUACCUAGCCGCCACCAAACUGGGGCCGAUUGAGCUCCUUUCCAGCAUACGACUGAUCAUGCGCAGCCUUGAUUUGGUUCAAGAUCCGGCCAAGUUGCCCCAGAAGCAGAUCACGUCGGCCGAGCACGAGCCCGCCGGAGACGAGGAGGAGGCCAUCGGGAUGAAGCUCGACCGGCUGGAGGAGGAUCUGGCCAUCACGGAACGCCAUCUCCUCGACGAUUUCAGCACGCGAGAGAGGGGGCUGACCGUCGCCUUGGGCCUGCUGGGCGCCUAUCCUGCAAUGGAUACGGUGCAGGCAAUUCAUCGCCUGUUCAGACCCGACGAGACCCUGUCGUUGAUCCACGUGUUGCGGGUGGAACUCGUCAGGGGUGGCUGGACGACGCGGUACCUGGACGCGGCACAUCUUGACGGAGAAGAGGAGCUGGAGCCACCGCCCGACGGAAGCAUCCGCCUCAUUGCCGACCUGCUCAGCAGGUGCAUCGACUCCGUGGGACCGGGCGGCUGGAUGGUCAAUGACGCGAUCCUCGCAAGGUCCGGUGACAAUGUCGACUCCACCGGCUUCUUUGCCGCGCUGAAGCUCGAGGUCAGCGCCGCGCUAGAGGGGAUCCAGGAGGCGGUUUAUCUACGAGGCAUGCUGGCCGAGGCGGUGAAAUACGGGGUCAACGUGCAGAAAUCCAUGGCGGGGCCGAUACCGCAGGGCAAGGAGGGACAGAAGCCAGUCGUCAUGCCGCAAGCGCAGUCCCAGAUGCUGCCCCUGGGUCUCGGGGCGAAGACCAAGGUCUCGCACGAGAAGGUCAUCUCGGGCGGCGAGAUCGUGCAGAGGAGCAAGAGAGAACGGGGCCAUCUGGGAAGCCAGAAGGUUGGUUCGUAUACGCUGGAGAGGAUUGUCAUUUAGGGGUCAAGCCAGGCGGUGGAACCGGAAGAUGGUCAUGGGGAAGAGAAACGGGAGGCCCGACGCUUCGGGCAUGUUAGAUAUACCCAUGUGGCUAGGAAGGUCUAGGACACGGGACACAGUUGAACCGCGGCUUGGCAAAUCAAUCAAUAGAAGGAAGUCUUGAUGGCGAAUCUGCGGUUAGAUGCAACGAUCUCAAGCCUCGAGGGGCCUCUUGACAAGCCCUGUCAGGGACGCGAAAUCUGGAGACUCCCAAUGUUUGCCGGUGUGAAUGGCCGGUAAGACAAAAAGGAACUACCGGGUAAGGCUGUUGUGAAACCGAGAUGGUUGCCUCUUUCGAAACAAGCUGUAGGUAGGUUCGUGGAGCCAGAGCCGCAUUCACGAGGCACCACAUGCACCCCAAGCUCAUCGCUUACAUUCGGGUGGAAGGCACGUCGACCUGUCGGGCCCGGCCGUGCUGGCAGCUCCACAGACUCGUCUUUCAUAUGCGCGUAGUUCC